AUGUGGAAGAUAUUACUCACUUGCGCGAUUGUUGGUGUGGGCAGCACGUUCGACGUGGAAGUCGACGAUGGCGCGAAGGUGGGCGAGUUGAAGGAACCUAUCGAGCAGGAAAACCCGAAUACGUUGAAGGAUGUCGACGCCCCCAACCUGCAGCUCUUCCUGGCCAAGAAGACUGACGGCAAGUGGUUGAACAAUUUUCAACCGGAUGACGAUCAAGUUCACGUGCUGGUGGUUGUUCCG